UGGGUGAUGAGGGAGGAUGCAUUACGUUUCCUGCAGCGGGCUCUUCAAUGGGCUGUCCUCGCCCGCUCAUUGAGUGAGCCUCAUUUUUGCUGUUGCUCUGUGUAAACGUGUGUGUUCAUCAAGGUCAUUGGGAUUAAAUGUGCGCGGGCACGUUGCGACUGGAAUAGAUCACGCUCGCCCGAUCCAGCAUCCCCGACAGCGGCUGCAGCGCCAUCGAGUGACUCAGAACUUGUUUUAAACCGGGGCGGGGAGGCGUCCGGCAAGGAGUCGGCACUCCAGAGCGGAGGUAUUUCCGACGUGAGCCUCUGGGCAGGAAGUAACCGCGGCCCCGGCGCUCACUUUGGGUGGGACGGGGAGUCCAGUGAGAGGAUUCGGGAUGGACGGCCCAGAAUCUGCGGCCGGCGAGCGGAAGGUCGACAUCUACCGAGACACGUGGGUCCGCUUCCUUGGAUAUGCUAAUGAAGUUGGUGAAGCAUUCCGGGCACUGGUACCUGUAGGUCUGGUCUGGGCCAGUUAUGGAAUAUCAACUGCAUAUGUGACAGCUGAUGCAGUGGACAAGGGAAAGAAAGCAGCUGCCGCUCACGGAGACAGGCCUGGGAAAACUCUGAAGGUUGGUGCAGCAGUCGUGGAUACUUUUAUCUGGCAGGCUUUGGCAUCAGUUGCGAUUCCAGGUUUCACCAUCAAUCGACUGUGCGCAGCUUCCCUUUUUCUCCUGCGGAAAACUACGAGGUGGCCACUGCCUGUGAGGAAGUGGACAACCACGGCAAUUGGACUGUCUGCCAUUCCGGUUAUCAUAACUCCCAUCGACAGGUCAGUAGAUUUUCUUUUGGAUUCUACGUUACGGAAGUUGUAUGGAACGGAAGAACACAAGCCAUAACCAAGGCAAAUGGAACUUCUGCCAUGGGCCAAUUUUAACAGCGAGAUUCGUAUACGCGGUAGCUUUAGGUAACAUUGCAAGACAUUGAUCCCUGUUCUCCAAGUCUGGAGACCUGUAUUUUUUCCAAUCAAGUGAGUGUGAGGUGAUUUAUCAUGAAGAUCCAGGUGCUUGAUACAUUAUUGAAAUCUGUUACCAAAGUAUAGAGUUAUGUGCCUUUCUAUAUAUAUUAUAACUUUGAUUCUAAUAAAUAUAUAUACUAUAUAAUAUACAUGAAAAGAGGAUUUUUUAAAAUCAAUAGACAGAUAAUUGAACAGAAAGAGCUCUUCUAUUUAAAAGAUACUCUGUUUAUAUAGCAAUUAAAAUAACAAAUGUACAGGUUUGGUUAUUUUUAACCAUCUAAGCGUAAUUGCCAGAGUUUUGUUGAAGUCGCCACAUAUCUGUUUUAAAGUUUUAUACAGUCUCUUAUCUGACACCAGGGGCACGGCCCAUCGGAGCUGCUAGUCAUGAGUGUGAGUAUGGAUCAAAACUCCAAUGUUAAUAAAAAUGGAAUCAGU